AAUCUGUGACGUCACGACAAAGAGGCGGAGCUUCGGGCUGGUAAACAAGUCGAGACACUUCACCUCAAAAACAAGCAGCGUGUUCCUCCUCUGUAUUUACACCUUCUGGGCUUUAUUUUUAUUAUUUUUAUUUGAGUUCGGACGCGACUGAUCUUUCCAGUGUCGAGAAAAGAAGAAAAAGAGAAUUUCUUAAAAUGUUCAGUAAAGUUCUGACGCAGAUCCUGCUGGGUGGUGGAGGCGAGGAAGCGGAUGGUGUUGUGGAAGAGAACGAGAGCUUUGUGGAGCUACUGGAGUGUGAAGAUGGGGACUGGAUCAUCAUUAAUACACAAGAUAACUCAUCUCUAGGCCUUCUUGUAGAAGAUCCUCUGGAGAAUCUCCUGAUCGAGCAUCCCAGCAUGUCCGUGUACCAGAUGCGCCAUCAGAGGACGAACGAGGAAGAUGUUUCAGACGAAGAAGAAGAUUCUCCUCCCAGGUGUGUGCAGGUAAGACGUGAUGUGUCGAGUCUCCUGGCACUGUGGUGUGGUUCUGUGCUGUUCUCAGAUCAGAGAGCUCGAGUGUACUCUGAACGCAGGAAGCUGAGCCGCAGCGCCCUCAGCAGGCAGAACCUGGUCAGGACUCGGUUCUCCAACACCGAGCGCCGCUACGGCCACUUCAAACAGCCGACUCAGCGCCUGUACAACUACUGAAACACAGCCGGAGUGUGUGACCAGACGGCGAGGCGUGUGUGUACGGUGUGUGUGUGUGUGUGUGUGUGUGUGUGAUGUGCGUAUACGGUUUUGUAAUUUCUACUGAAACUACUGACGACUCCGAGUGAACAGUUCAGUUAGUAAUAAAACGUCUGCAGUUUUCUCUUCACUCCAGAUGUAGAGGAUCUGCUGAGACGCAUUUCCUGCGUUACUGCUGCACUGGAUGCUAAUGUCGCUAACGUAAUGAAUGUCUGUGUGACCUCAGAUCAUUAGCGUGAGGUAAUCACACACGUCACAGCAGUGUGUUCAUCUCACUAACACCAUCUCUACACAAAACAGUGUAUACACACACAACAACACACAGAUCUAUUCCUAGCACAGCGGAGCUUCAUUACAUUUAUAACUUUACAAAUAUACAAGCAGAUGUGAAAAAAGCACAUAAGUGAAUCUCAAUUCAGAGCAAAAGUUUAAAAGUUUCCACAUUUAUAAAUGUGAUUAAAAUUAUUAAAAGUUAGACAAUAAACGAUUUUCCAACCUGAUGUCAUAUUUACACACCUGUAACUAUUAUAUACGCAUUAAGUCCAGUGAAAUAUUACAAAUUAAAAAUACUCUGAAAAAGCUUCGGCUCAGAAAACCUCGGCCGCUCAGAGCAGGUCGUGUUUGUGUGGAUCGUCUCCGAACAUAUUAAUUAAAUCUCCAUGAAUUAUUUCUGUACGAUUACUGAAGAGAAACGACAUACAGUAUAAUGCAGGUCAGCUGUCUUUGUUCGUCUUUACUAAAUAAAAAUAAUCUGUCACAGUGACGCUGUCGUGUUAAAUCUCGGCUGAAAUUCACAGGAUUAUGUUACAAAUCGAAACUUACAAAGCUGUUAAAGCACAACACGAAAUUUACAAAAAAUAAAAUCAACUUUUAUCAAGUAGGAAAAGAAAUUCAGUUUGUGAACGCCGCCAUGCUGUUGGUUAGGGGUGGAGCUGUGGGCGGGGUUGUGGGUGUGGUUAGGGACUGGGCUCUGGGUGUGGUUGGGGUAUAGUUACGGGUUUU